AUGGACAGCACGCGAUGCGUUCAUACAUAUGAAACAGGCUUUAAAAGCUUGUUAGGUUGUGUCAAGAUUCCUCGUCUCACUCCUGCUUUCUGCGUCAUUUCCCCAGGAAUCCUAACACAUCCGAACAGUUUCCAUGACCAGUGUAAAGUUCGUGGGAUCCCAUUUUCGAUUCCUCAGGCCUCGAUCUUGAUAUAUAUUUUUCACGACCGCAGGAAAACAGCGGCUGGCAAUGUCAUCAUCUUUGGCGAGACCGGAGUGGGGAAAAGCUCCAUUAUUAACAUGCUUCCCGGUGGACGUGUUGCUGCGGUCAACGGCGAUGCCAAGGGCGUGACUUUUCGACAUGAACGCUACGUGAAGGAUAUCGGGGGCUGCCGCCUUGACAUUUUCGAUACAGUCGGACUCAAUGAGGGGGCCGCGGGAACGGUGUCCGCCCCUCAAGCAAUCGAAGGACUUUAUCGGCUGAUGCGUGGACUAGACGAUGGGGUCAGCCUUCUCGUAUACGUUGUGCGAGGCCCACGUCUCAAGAAUUCCGCCCGAAAGAACUACGAGAUGUUCUACGAGAUUUUUUGCGAGAAGAAGGUCCCAAUUGUCCUCGUUAUUACUGGUUUAGAGCAUGAGGAUGAUAUGGAUGAGUGGUGGAAGAGGAACGAGGCGGCAUUUUCUGAAGAGGGGAUGAGGUUUUGUGGUGCCGCUUGCAUCACUGCGACUAAGGGCAAGCGCAACCUGCUCGCGAAGGAAUUCGAGGAGUCAAGGGAAAAGGUUGAGAAGCUGAUUUUGGAUCAUUGUCCUGAGACGCCUUGGCUACCACCCACGGGCGGGGGGGCAUCUUGGCAUCGCAGGUUUCUAUUGAAUAAUGUCAACAGGCUUGCCAAACCUUUCCACUUCAAGGCUAAAGUUUUCGCAAAAUCGAUUUAUCAAGCAUUGAGGUCUUAUGGCGAGAUGGACGAUGAGGAGGCCAGGAAUUUGGCUAACAGAAUCUACCUCGAUUCUCGCGCCUGA